UGUGACUUACAAAAACUUAAGAUUGCAUGCUCAUUAUAAGACUGAAUACAUCGGAACUCCAGGCUUCCAAUUUCCCUGAAAUCAUGUAUCCUCUGCUAUUCACUUCAUGCCUUCUUCUCCUCCCUCUUCUUCUUAUCUUCUUCAGAUUUCCCACUGGUCUGAGCAGAAGAAGAAGAAGAAGAAGCUAUAAACUCCCACCCGGCCCCAAACCCCUCCCCAUCGUCGGCAACCUUCUCAAUCUCAGCCGUCUCCCCCACAUCUCCCUCCUCCAUCUCUCAAAACAGUACGGCCCUCUCAUGUACCUAAAGCUCGGCCAGAUUCCCACCAUCAUCGCCUCCUCCAAAGAAACCGCCUUUGAGAUUCUCAAAACCCAAGAUCUCAUCUUUUGCACCCGCCCUGAAACCAUCGUCUUCUCCAAGUUCUCCUACGGCGGCCUUGACAUGGCCUUUUCUCCUUUCAACGACCACUGGAAGCAGCUCCGCAAGUUCUUCAUCGCCGACGUUUUCAACCCCAGAAAAAUCCAAUCUUUUCGUCGAAUCAGAGAGGAAGAAGUGGGGAUCUUGAUGAACACCAUAACACGAAUUUCUUCAAGCAGAAAGCUGAUAAAUUUCACCGACAUGGCGCUCUGCCUAUUCAACAACAUCAUAUACAGAGAAGUGUUUGGGAAGAGAUUAUCAGCUGAUGGGGAGUGCGGGGCGAGUCCUCACCAUGACAUGAUCAUGAUGGCUGUAUCUUUCAUGGGCGGGUUUACUGUAUCCGACUUCUUUCCUUCGUUCUGGUGGGCAGAUUUUCUCACCGGCAGCAGGAUGAAGCUUCAGAGAUGUUUCAGGAUGAUGGAUGAGUUGUACGAGAAGGAAAUUGAGGAGAGGUGGGUUAGCAUUGAAAGGCUUGGGAGGAGCCCACCUCAAGACAUUCUCGAUGUCCUUCUUCUCUGUCUGGUUCAGAAGAAUCCAUUGCUAGGAUUCCUGCUUUCCAGAAACGAAGUCAAGGCUCUUCUUCUGGAUAUGUUCUUCGGAGGAACUGUGACCACAGCGCUGACAACAGUUUGGGGAAUGACAGAGCUCAUGAGGAACAAGGAGGCCAUGAAGAAGGCACAAGAUGAGGUCCGGCAGGUGGUUGGAAACAAGGGAAAAGUUGAAGAAGAUGAUUUGAAGCAACUUCACUAUCUCAAAAUGGUGAUAAAAGAGACGUUAAGGCUGCACCCUGCUGCUCCUCUGCUCGGUGCACGUGAAUGUAUGAAGGAUACAAAAAUCAACGGUUAUGAUAUUCCUGCAAAGACCAGAGUCAUGGUUAACAUUUCUUGUAUGAGUAGAGAUCCUGAGUUGUGGCCAGACGAUGCUGAGAUCUUCAAGCCGGAGAGAUUUGAGAACAGCUCCGUUGACUACAAGGGGAAUCACAUAGAGUUCAUUCCAUUUGGGUCGGGAAGAAGAAUUUGUCCCGGGUUUGCGCUUGGCUUGGCGGGCGUGGAGAUUGGAUUAGCUAAUGUUCUUUAUAGAUUCGACUGGACCUUGCCGGAGGGGAUGGAGGGGAAAGAUAUUGACAUGAGGGAGCAUUUUGGGAUCGGUGUUACGAAGAAGACGCCACUUAUGUUGAUGGCGAAUCCGGUGAAAUUUGAAGGGCGGAUUUGAUUAUGUUAAUGCAUUCACAACGAAUUUAUUUUAAGUUAUUAGGAUUUAAUAAAUCCUUUAGAUUUGGAUGUACUAAAUACUCGAUGAAAAAUCGUCUGUAAUGAAAUCCUCUAAAUUCUGCGAAUCCAUUAGAAUUGUUUGGGAUGUUCUGUGUAAAUUUAGUGUGAUUCCAAUGGCAAAAUCCAGAUUUAUCAAAUCCGCACCUU